CAGUGACUCAAGUGAUACUCCGGCGAGUUAAGACAGACUCACUGGGCUCCAAAACGGAAGAUGCUUGAGAAUAUACCGUUCUGAACCAAAUCCUCGGCUUCGAGCCCAUGCGGAUAACUCCCCACCACCCUUUUCCUAUAUAAACCUGCCCUCCUCCUCUCCUUUUCUUCUCCGCAAUUGAAAAUCACUUUCUUUGUUAGAGAUUCCCUCUCAAAACAAAGACACACCGCCAACUGGAUAAAACCUCUCUGCGGUGAUCUUUGUUCACGAGAAGACAACCUCUGUAAAAAUCGAACUACUAUGAAUUCUUGUACCCUUUCUGAAUCAGAUCAAGAACAUCUCUUGGAGAAACUCGAUGUCUUCAAGGUUAAAGGCAGAGACAAACGUGGCCGUCAGGUUCUUCUUAUCAUCGGCAAGCACUUUCCUGCUCGGAUGGUUAGCAGUGAGAUUAUAAAGAAGUACUUGGAGGACAAGGUUUACCCCAAAUUGGGGGCGAAGCCGUUCUCUGUGGUGUACGUGCACACAGAUGUUCAAAGGAGUGAAAAUUUCCCUGGAAUCUCAGCCCUUCGAUCAAUCUACGAUGCUAUUCCGACCAAAGUCAAGGACAAUCUCGAGGCUGUUUAUUUCUUGCAUCCUGGUUUACAGGCCAGACUGUUCCUUGCCACCUUUGGCCGUCUGUUUUUCAGCGGAGGGUUGUAUGCGAAGCUUAAAUACGUGAGCAGGCUGGAGUUUCUGUGGGACCAUGUGAGGAGGAUGGAGAUGGAGAUACCAGAGUUUGUGCAUGAUCAUGACGAGGAGCUGGAGCACCGUCCGGCGAUGGACUAUGGAUUGGAGAGCGACCACCCUAGAAUUUACUCUGCGCCCUCCGUCCCCGUGGACCCAAUUUCCAUGUACUCCAUGAGGUGCAUUGCUUAAGCUUGGAGGGUGUUAGGAAAUGGAAGUGCAACUGUCGAUCGUAGAUUGUAGUGGAGUUUGGGGCCUUGCUUUUCUACUUGUGAAGAUUGAGUUAUGAGAUCAAAUUUCAUUACUCAUUUUGCUUUCGAUGGAGGAGUGUUUAGGAGUUUUGGUCAUAUUGUACAAAGGGAAAGUUUGAAAUGGAUCCUUCCGUGGGUGUGAGAAAAACCAAAAUCUGUUCUUGGGUCACUGAGAGUUUGCUUUAUGCCUCUAUAGCAAAUUAAUCCCAGCCCAAGAACCCAGAAAGAUAAAGAGGGACAAAAGAGCCUAAACAUGGAUAGAGAGCACACUGUAAAAAUGAAAAGAGUUGAAAGGGAUAAACAAAAAAGGAAGAGAAAAGCAGUUCCCGAUUUCACUUUAACUGAAUACGACAGCUUCACGCCCUUUUUAUAUUGA